UGAGCUGCUCCCGGUGAUGGUGAUGCUCCCUGAGCUGCUCCCGGGGCUGCUCCCGGUGCCCAUCCCGGUGAUGGUGAUGCUCCCGGUGAUGCUCCCGGCGCUGCUCCCGUUGCUGAUCCCGGUGCUGCUGCCGGCGGUGACCGGCGCCGGGCGGGAAUAUUCGUUACCUUAUACACCGAAGUUUGCACGAUGCAACAAUCCCAGCACUGAAUUCUAUGAUGAGGAACUUAAUAAAUGCUGCAGCCAGUGCCCUCCAGGUCAAUAUAGAACAGGGAGCUGCAGCCACACCGUGGACACCAAGUGCAGCCCCUGCAGGCCUAAAACAUACACAGCAAUCUGGAAUCGUUCUCCACAGUGCUUUGCCUGCUCACCACCCUGCAGGAAAGGGCUUGUACAGAAUCAAACAUGCACGAGGUCCCAGGACAGAAUCUGUAGCUGCCCACCCCACAAGUACUGCGUUUCCAAGCUAGACGGGUACUGCGAAGUGUGUAGAGCACAUAAAAAAUGUGGCAAAGGUUACCGGGUUUCCAGAAGAGGGACGGACAGCACAGACACAGAAUGUAAACCUUGUCCUCCUGGCACGUUUUCCCCUGAGGAAUCCUACAACACUAGCUGUACACCCCAUACAAGGUGUGAAUCAGUGGCUGUUCCUGGGAACAGCAGAAAUGACACUGUUUGCAGUGACUCAGGAACAGCCACAGUUCUGCCUCACACCAUUUUGGACAAACUUCUGACCCAAAGCUCAGCUUCCCACAAACCUGAAAUAAUAACUCAACCUGUCACAUUAAACUCUGUACCUGACCUGUCCCACAUCACUGGAGCAGUAGCAGGGCCAUUGUUAUUGGUCCUGAUAAUUGCUAUUUUAGGGUAUUGCUUAGUCUCAAAAAAAAAAGACAACAGCCUUGGAGCUGGACAAUUUAGGGUGCAGAUGUUGCAAAUGGAACAGGGUUGGGUGCUAAUGAACUGUCUUUGCUCACUGGCAGCCCUUGGGUACUCUGCACCAGCUACAGAACCAGAUUUGCCUUUUCCCCCUCCAGAAAAACAGCAUGACAAAAGAGUGAGAGAUACAGAAUUGCAGAACUCCAAGAAUUCUGAACAGGAGCAACAGCAUCUCUUGGAAACUUCUGGGUCUAGCAGUAGCAUCCUGAAUAAUCCAACUGGAUGUGCAAACAUCAGUGUAAUAAGUAAAACUAACAAUGAAAAGAAAAACCCAGGAGGAUUUCAGCAGCAACAUUCACCUCCAGAAGGUUCUAAACUCCAGAGUGGAGACAGACACAGCUCUGCGAGUUCAGAACAUUGUGGUAACGGAGGAACACAGGUGAAUGUGACGUGUAUUGUUACAUUUUGUAGCCCAGAUUCCAGCUCCCAGUGCCCUGAGCAGAAUAGUUCAACUAGCAGGGAUUAUGGAUACACUCCCUGUUAUUCCCCAACAGGGGAAGAAACCCACCUUUCCAAAGAGGAAAAUGCCCUGAAAAAAGAAACUGAAAUUCACAUCCCAGUGGAAAAUGAGGACAAUUUACUUCAAAACUUACUUCCAGAAGAAAAGAAGAUUCCUCUUGGUAUUCAAGAUGCUGGGAUGAAAACCAGUUGAAGGAAAUUACACAUCAUAUGCUGAUUGACUGAUAAAAUUAACUGAACCUCUUGUUUUAUAAAACAAACAUUAUGGUAAAUGUAGCUUUCUUACAGAGAUUUGAAAUUUCAGAUGAAUAUAGACACUGAUGCUUUUGAGGUUUUUAUCGUCUUCUGUCGCUUUGCAGUUUAAAAGAAAAAGCAUUCAAACUUUUUAAAACUGAAUGGCCAACUCCUCCCUUUCUUCUAUGAUACCCUAAAAGGGCCUUUAUGAGACUUGAAAAGGAAUAUUUUUCCAACUUUAUGCUGCUAAGUUUUCCCCUGAGACCUCUUGCGAUGAUGAUUUUUAUUCAAGGCUGCCAUGUGUCAAGAACAUGGCUGUGACCAGCACUUCUAAGGAACUGGAGUUAAAUUAUCAUUUUUUCAAUGCUCAGGAAUCAGUUUGAUUUGAAUUUUAAAGGUGUUGCAUUCAGUUUCCUAUCCUAUAUCUUAGUUGCCAUACUUUCCCUCUUCCUCCUGGAUAUUUGUAUUAUUAUUACAGUUUGUUUUUUCUCAUUAUCAGACCAAAUUUCUCAAGUACAUAUAGGAUAUCAGGAAGCUUUUUUUUACAACUAAAAUUACAAUUGUUAUGUCUAAACAACAGCAACUCAUUGCCUGUACAUAGUUCAUUUUGUUUUAGAAGGGAAAACCUAGAUUGAACUGUUGUUAUCUUGGAGCAGGAAAUUCCUUUUGUUGACAGCCCUAGUUUGUCACCUUUGUGUCCCAGCUGAUGUAACAUGUUUCCCCAAUUGAUCCUGACCUCAUUUUUGAGGUAAACCAUAAAUCUCAAAUAUUUUCCCUGUGCUCAGUGACUAUUAGAGCAAAUCCCUGUGAUUAUCUCUGCCAUAUAACUCACUACCCUCAGGUGGCAGAGCAUCAUCUGUAAUAAACGGAAUUUACUCAAACCUCA